AUGCCCUGCCUUCACAUUGCUCAGUGCACUUGCUGUGCUGUUUGCAGGUGGACGUGGUGUGAUGGGGCUAAAGCCGUAGAGAGGAUACAAACUCAGUUGUCGCACACUGUGCUCUUGCUGCUGUGCUGUGUGCAGGUGGAUGUGGUGUUACGGGGCUACAGCGGGUACAACACACGCUGGGCACUCUUUCUUUUGCCCAAGCUCUUUCCCAAGGGUGACACGUCGAUUCCCCCCCCCGCCCUGGUGACUGUCUUCUUUGGCGCCAAUGAUGCCGCACUGCCAGGGAGAAGGAGCGGCAAGCAGCAUGUGCCGAUCCCAGAGUUCAAGGAGAACCUGCGAGUCAUAGUCACUCACCUGCAGUCGCUAGGUCCAAACGUGCAUGUGGUGCUCAUCACCCCCCCUCCUGUGGACGAGGCUGGUCGCAUGGAGUUCGCCAAAUGCGGUGAGCAGUGUCUGAAGAAUGUGGUGACGGGCAAGUAUGCAGCAGCGGUGGGGGAGGUGGCAGAGGCGUGUGGGGGCGUGCCUGUGAUUGACCUCUGGACCGUGCUGCAGCAACAACCCACCUGGCACUCCCUGCUAAGUGACGGGCUUCACUUGGCUCCUGGGGGAAACAAGGUGUUGUUCGAGCAGCUGUCAUCGCUUCUCCAAUCAAGUGCAGAUUGGACGCCGCCUUUGGUGCAAGAGAGCAUGCCAUGGGACUUCCCUGAGCAUAUCAAUAUUGAUGGGGAAAAUCCUGGGAAUGCGUUCAAGGACUUCUAA